UCUGAGAGAGAGAGGAGAGUCCUCAAAGUUCAGAGGGGUUCAUAUCACGUUGUUGCCUCGUGCUCUUUUGUACAGUGACAAUUAUCUCCAACUUUUUCAAGACAAUUUCACACAUGAGGUGUUUUCAUUUCAAUGCCCAAGCUAUUGAUGCCAAGGGUCACUGUUGCUUUUGCUAUUGCUAUUCUAUUCCCAUCAUACAAAUAAAUAACGACAAAGAGAACAAAAAUACUAUGUGAUCAUAAGCAUUAAUUUUUAUGGACCAUAUUUCUCAUCACCAACUAUAGCCAUACCAUAGCAUUAGCCUUUUUGUCAUCUCCUUUCCCCCUUCAAUUUCCUCUACUUUUUUUUCCCCAGUGCUCGGAUUCUCCAUAUUCCAUUAUGCUUUUUAUGGUCUUCCUCUGCGACUACUUUUGGUUCCCUCUUCCUGUGCCACUGGUUAAACUUUGUCCAAUUCAAACAAGCUGCACGUUUUCUACACCAAAUUGGUGCUAGAAAAAAGUAAGUGAAGAUGUUGCUUCCCUUGUUUGUGGAGAAGGGUGAUAAUUAGUGGAUAUUGUUGUAUAGGCAACUCAUCCAACCAUGAUUAAAGUUUGGCUCUUGGCUUUGAUGGUUUUCUCCAAUGGAUACGCUUCAACUGGAGCGGGCAUGAAUAAUUCCACAAUACCAGAUUUUGUAAAUAUUGGGGCUCUCUUCUCUUUCAAUACCAGUGUUGGUAAAAGUGUACAAAUUGCUAUAGAAGCUGCGAUUGAAGAUGUAAAUUCUAAUCCAAAUAUUCUUGGUCAAACCAAGCUGAACCUCUCACUGCAAGAAGAUUCAAAGUAUAGAGGUUUCCUGAGCAUUGCUGAGGUUUUGCAGGUCAUGGCAAGACAAUCGGUGGCAAUAAUUGGCCCUCAUAGCUCUGUAACAGCUCAUGUCAUAACUCAUAUUGCAAAUGAGCUCCAAGUUCCUCUGCUGUCAUUUUCAGCUUUGGACCCUACCCUCUCUUCACUUCAAUUCCCAUUCUUCAUUAGAACUUGUCAUAGUGAUCUUUAUCAAAUGGCUGCAAUAGCAGACCUUGUUGACUACUAUGGUUGGAAAGAUGUUAUUGCUGUCUACUUUGAUGAUGAUAAUGGGAGAAAUGGAAUUGGCGCAUUAGGUGAUAAGCUGGCUGAGAAGCGGUGCAGGAUAUCAUAUAAAGCACCUUUGAGCCCUGAAGCAUCUCUUGAAGAGAUUACUAAUGUGCUUGUUCAGGUGGCUCUGGCAGAAUCACGAGUAAUAGUUGUUCAUGCCAAUACUCAAUGGGGGCCCAAGGUGUUUACUGUUGCGAAUAAUCUUGGGAUGAUGGGAACUGGGUAUGUCUGGAUAGCCACUGCUUUCCUCUCUGCUCUGCUUGAUAUUCAAAAUCACCUCUCUUCAGAUGCAAUCGAUGAAAUUCAAGGCGUUCUUACACUGCGUAUAUACACACCAGAUUCAAAGCUCAAAAGGAGGUUUGUUUCUAAGUGGAAAAACUUGACUAGUGGAGAUAAUGCUAAUGUCCCCCUUGGAUUGAGUUUUGUAGCUCUCUAUGCAUAUGACACUGUUUAUGUGCUUGCUCAUGCACUUGAUGCAUUUUUCAAACAAGGUAACCAAAUUACAUUCUCAACUGAUUCAAAGCUAUCUAGCAUACAUGGAGACAAUUUGCAUCUUGAUGCCUUGAAAAUCUUUAAUGAAGGAAACUUGUUACGCAGUAAUAUUUACGAGGUUAACAUGACUGGUGUAUCAGGUCCAAUCAAGUAUACAUCUGAUAGAAACCUUGUUAAUCCUGCAUAUGAAAUCAUUAAUGUGGUUGGAACAGGGACUCGGAGGAUCGGUUAUUGGUCUAAUUACUCUGGAUUAUCAGUUGUCGCUCCAGGAACUCUUCAGUCCAAACCAGCCAGUCUUUCCAGGCAAAGUCAAAAGCUGUUCCCUGUGAUUUGGCCUGGAAACACCGAUCAGAGACCUCGUGGUUGGGUUUUCCCUAACAAUGGAAGGGUCUUAAAGAUUGGAGUACCAAAAGGUGUUUUUUACCAUGAAUUUGUCUCCCAAAUAAGAGGCACCGAUUUGUUUGAGGGAUUCUGCAUCGAUGUAUUUCUUGCUGCAGUGAACCUGUUGUCUUAUGCUGUCCCCUAUAAGUUCGUACCAUAUGGGGAUGGCAAGAACAAUCCUAGUAUGACCGAGCUGACUCGUCUGAUCACAACCGGCGAAUUUGAUGGUGCUGUUGGUGACAUUGCAAUUACUACAGAAAGAACAAGGAUGGUGGAUUUUACUCAGCCAUAUAUUGAGUCUGGUCUUGUGGUAGUAGCACCAGUUAAGAGGGCAGAAACCAAUGCUUUGGCCUUUUUGGCUCCGUUUACACCAAAGAUGUGGUGUGUCACAGCUAUCUUUUUCAUAUUAGUGGGAGCUGUUGUUUGGAUUUUGGAGCAUAGGGUGAAUGAUGAAUUUAGGGGACCACCCAAAAAACAAUUAAUUACUGUUUUAUGGUUUAGUUUUUCAACAAUGUUCUUUUCCCACCGGGAAAAUACAGUGAGCACACUUGGUCGCUUUGUGUUGAUCAUAUGGUUAUUUGUAGUUCUUAUAAUUAACUCAAGUUACACGGCAAGUCUUACCUCAAUCCUCACAGUGCAACAGCUUUAUUCGCCCAUUAAAGGCAUUGAAAGUUUAUUAAGUGGCAAAGAGCCUAUUGGGUACACGCAGGGUUCUUUUGCUAGAAAUUAUUUAGUUCAGGAAAUUGGUAUUGUUGAGUCCAGGCUUGUUCCUCUAACAACACCAGAAGAAGCUGCUAAAGCACUGAGAAAGGGUCCCCAAAAUGGGGGUGUUUCUGCAUACAUCGAUGAGCGUGCCUACAUGGACAUCUUCCUUUCCACCCGAUGUAAUUUAACUGUUGUAGGUCAAGAGUUCACCAGAAACGGUUGGGGAUUUGCAUUUCCACGAGACUCGCCAUUAGCAGUUGACCUGUCAACUGCCAUAUUGCAAAUGAUAGAUAGUGGAGAUUUACAAAGGAUCCAUGACAAAUGGCUUUUGAGUAGUGCUUGCUUAUCACAAGGUGCAAAGCUUGAAGUGGAAAGACUCCAACUUAAAAGCUUUUGGGGCCUCUAUGUGAUCUGUGGGCUUGCCUGUUUGCUCGCACUCUUCAUAUAUCUAAUACAGAUUUGGAGGCAAUACCACAAGCAUUACUCUGAAGAACUUGAGUCGGCUGACCAAAGCCCAGGAUCAUCAAGAUCUUCACGUCUUAAGACUUUCCUUUCCUUUGCAGAUGAAAAAGAAGAGACCAUUAAGAGCCGGACCAAGAGAAGGAAAAUGGAGAGGAUCUCAUACAGAAGCAGUGAGGGAAGCUCAUCCAUUAACUCCAAUAAGGGAUAUGCUUCACGCAGAAGUGAAUGUGCUGGCGAAGUAUGACCAACAGUUGCCAUUUCUGCACGAUUUUCUAGCCUUUUAUUACAUCUGUAACCCUCCUCAUCCCUACUGCAAAUAGUGGCCUACUAGUACUUUUUUCCCCCUAGUAAAUAUACGUUGGAUAAAUUAAAACUUUUGCUAGCUAUAUGUAACACUCACUUUUAACUUGGUCUUUAUACAAAAAAAAAAAAAAGGUUUUGAUUCAGUUUAUAUAUGUAAAAU